GAUUUCGCGAACUGACCCGCGGCGGCGGCGAGCGGUUAGUGCGUGUGCCAUUCCGCGCCGAGAAAUGGAAGCCGACGAGACGCGUCCGGUCUCCGUCACGAGAGCGAGCACGUUGCCGACGUCGCACGUAGUCGUAGCGCGCGAGCCCGUCGCGGUGACAGCUGUGCACGUACGAAGCGUUUGAAGUUUUGUUAUGACAAAGAACGUACCGCCGGGCACGACCGGUCGCCGACCAGCCGCGUAUCCGGAGGAAGAGAAACCGUUGCUGUCGUUAUUAUUAUUGCCGUCGCCGUCGUCGUUGUCGUUGUUGUCGUCAUUGUCACCUUCGUCGCUUUCGUCGUCGUAAACCGUCCCGGGCGCGCGUCGCGACGAAAAGUGGUAUAUAUUUGGUUCUUUGUGAGGAGGAGAGUCGCCGGGCCCUGACACACGGCGAGGGAUUAGUUCGACGCGGAUUCGAAGGUCGCCGCCGAGGGAGGAGCGAUCGCGCGAAGAUGUGGUGCCUCGUCAGCCAGGCCAAUUCCGUCAUCCUCGAGGUGCAGGUCGACCCGAAGGCCAUCGGCCAGGAGUGUCUCGAGAAGGCCUGCGACUGCCUGGGAGUCAGCAAGGAGUGCGAUUACUUCGGGCUGAAGUACCAAAAUGCGAAGGGCGAGGAGCUCUGGCUGAACCUGAGGAACCCCAUAGAGCGGCAGACCGGCGGCGGCGUGGCGCCUCUAAGAUUCGCUCUGAGGGUUAAGUUUUGGGUGCCGCCUCACCUGUUGCUGCAGGAAGCCACCAGGCACCAGUUCUACCUGCACUCCCGCCUCGAGCUGGUUGAGAGUAGGCUGAAGGUCGCGGAUUGGGGCUCCGUCGCUCGUCUGGUCGCGCUGAUAGCGCAAGCCGACGGAGGUGACUACGAUGCGCUGUCACCGCCGCACGCGCUCUACUCCCAAUGCUGUCACAUACAACCCGCGGACUCCUGCGGCCCGAAACCGCAAGACUUCCUGCUACGGAUAGUGCAGCAGCACAAGGAAAUCAAGGGAAUGAAAGCGUCGACCGCUGAAUAUUGGCUCUUGAAAGAGAUAUCAAACCUCGACGCAUUCGGACAGGAAAUGUUUCACAGUAAAUUUGGAUACAACGGAGUGUCUAUGAUCGGCGUUGGUCCGCACGGAAUCACGGUCUACCGCAAUCAGGACGAGGAGACACAAAAUAUACCGUAUACAGCUAUACAAAGCGCCACGUCCCAACGGCGAAUGUUCCACUUGGUUUAUCUCUCACUUGACGACGAGGAGACGUCGCUGGACUUUAAAUUAGACUCCAGCCAAUCCGCCAGCGGACUUUAUAGAGCGAUCACCGAGAAACAUGCGUUCUACAGCUGCGAGACAGUCAGGAGCGCGGUCACCGCGCAGUUCAUCCGCGAUUUAAAGGGGACAAUAAUUUCCAUUUUCAACGAGGACUCGACCCUGGGUAAGAAAUACGUGUUUGACAUACGCAGGACCUGCCGGGAGGUAUACGACAAUGCGCGGCGUGCGCUUUAUUGCGAGGCGGCGACCAUAGCUCUGCCGGAGGAGAACGAGAUCCUCGACAGGCACGCCUGCGGGGAGUGCGAGAAUCCUAAGUGCAAGGAAUCUCGGGAAUGCCUGGCGAGAUUGCUGGACGCUAUGCUCUGCCGGAUCUGCAUGGACCGUAGCCUGGACACGGCCCUGUUUCCCUGCGGACACGCCGUUGCCUGUCUGGACUGCGCCCGUCGCUGCGAGCGUUGCCCGUUAUGCCGGGCCGACAUCGAUUACUGCCGAACGAUAUACCUCCCAAUCGAGCUGACGCACAUCGACAAGCAUAAUCCGAAACUGCUGUCCGAGACAAUCGAGCCUGUGUUCAGCAAGCCGCUGACGGAGGAGAUAAAAGAUAAGAGGAUUUUGGACAGCGAGGCGUCGGUGAACAGUAACAUUUGAGAGCGUCGAGUCAGACGUAGACUCGGUGCGUUCGAAAGGUUCUUCAGGAUUGUCACUUGCCGCGCGGGAAGGGCGUACUGAGAUACGAGUGCGAAGCACUUUUCUAUUUACCCGUCGAACGGCCGACCGAAUGUUCGAAAUUCGACGUUCGUUGGAUCGUGUUCAGCGUUGAUGUUCAUUGAGCUUCAUCCGAUUUCUUGAAUCUUUUAUUUUGCGCGAUGACUUCAGUUACGUAUUUUAUUAUUAUUUGAUGUUAUUUCGGUGUUUUCCUGCUUUUUUUUUAUAUUAGUUUAUCCUUUUAAUUUAUCAAGAAAUGAUAUCUAUAUUCGUAGGAUUCUAUAUUAUUAUAAUCUUUUUUUUUUUUUUUUUUUUUUUUACAGAAUGAUUUUAUUGUUACCAAUAUAAUGGUUACUUACUCCGACAUUAUUGUCGAAAUUAUUUUUAUUUUGAAAUUAUUAUGAAAUUAUUUUUGAAAUUAUGGAACAUUGUUUUAUAUGCAGAACUACGUAUCUUGACAUCUCGGUUGCUCCUUCAGUAAAAAUUAGUAAAACUUACGAAAAGUUGUUUUCCAGAAAUAAUUUUUAUUAAAUGAUUAACAAACGGGAUGAAUGGAAAUACUGAAACUGAGAAAUGAUUUGAUGGUACUGUGAUUAAAGAUGAUAUUGUUGAAAAGGCAGGAGAUACGGGGGUAGCGUAGGUGUGUAAACUCCGAGCGAGAGGGAGCCAUGGGAUUGCAUCAUUAUGACUACAUAUUCGUAACGGUGUUACAAAAUAGUCCCUUUAAUCGAGCGGCCGAAAAGUGCUAUUAGCAGCAUGAAUCUAACGAGAAACAGUGCUGCCGAACGUGCGCGAACAAAGAAUAUAAUCUAUAUUAUACCAAGAUUCAAAAGCACUUGGGGUAUAAAAUUUUUAUUUUCAACUGAUGAUCGGACCAAUUUUUUCCUUGUUAUUUCAUGAUCUUUCUCAAUGCUUCUGUGUUCCUCUUAGAUAGAUACGCUUCUUUUUGGUCUUAUGUUUUACUCUGAUCUAGAUAGCACUUGCAGGUUAUACAUACACAUUGGGUCGAGAACUUUUAUCGGAAUCGGUGACCCAGCAUAUUUUUACUACAACAUUCGUUAUUCAUUACGCAUAUGCGGUAUCGUUUACAAAACAACUGCUACAAUAUAGCCGCUUCUAACGGAUGUUUCGAUAGAAUGAAAUUCAAAUUGUGUCGAUAUAUUUACAUUAGUUAUGCCGUUUACAUACGAUUUACGAUGGACUUAGAGAGGUAUUAUGUAUUGCAUUAUCACUUUAACUUAAACAAGUAGAUUGUAGUGAUAAAGGCAACACAAUACAGACAUUACGUUUAGAUAUAUAUACAUAUAUUGUGGAUCUAUUUUUAUCACACACGUAAGUAGAAUUAAAUAUAUGUAAUCAUUACAGAGUUGUUAGCCAAAAACGAAUUCGCUGCGAAUCUUAUAUCUUACUCUUCCUUUUUUUUUUUAUUGAAGCAUCCUAUAUGAAGAAGGAAACUUUAUUACCAUAAUAUCUGUUUAUAUAUGUACAUAAGAAAUGAGAUAACCCGCAGCAGUAGGGUCAAGUGAGUAAAAGUCAUGAGUUCACCAAAUGUCAAAUCUGUUUUAAUAUACUACGCGCAUACGUCACUCUUUGAGUAAGUCAUAAUAAAAGCGAAACGAGUUAAUUGCCUGUGUGCUUUGCACCUAAAAGAUAAAAUCGUAGAGUAUAAAGUCAAUGGCAUUUUGUGUCUGAGAAAACACAAGGGAAAACCAGUCCUGAAUAAAAAUAAUACGUACUCCCGCCGUGCAUCUUGAACUAGUUAUUUUUAAAAAUUUGGAGCGUUAACCUUUCUUUUCAUUUUCGAUCAGCGAGAGAAAUUUGAAUAUUAGCAAAAUACGAAAAGAUAACCUCUGGUGAAUUAUUUCUAAUAAUCAGUUCUAUUGAACUUUGUAUGAGUGACGAAAGUGAUAGAGAGAAAGAGAGAGAGAGUAAAACAGAGAAAGAAAGACAGAGAAUGCAAAAAGUAAUGAUCGUUAUAGUCAUUUAUCAAUGCAAAGCCGACUUAGUUUGUAAUUAUUUGUAAGAAGAGAUGAUAAUAUUGUAUUUACACGCCGCUAUAUUUAAUGCCCUUCGAGAGACUCCCCUUCAGCUACAGUGUAGCCCUCUUUCAAUUCAGACAAAAAAAAAAGAUGUAGAUUUAGCUGUAUUCUAUAUUAUCAUGAGACGCACUUUGCGAAUUUCCAGAACGUCGAUUUGUUAGCGAAGCUACACUGUAUCUGCAAGAUCGGAAUAUCGUUUUGAGUGAUCUAUUCUUCUUUCUUUUUACGAGACAUUAACGCGAGCGUCAAUACAUGUGUAAAAAUAUAUGUUAAGUUAAAAUGCGCGAUUAAAAUGCAACUCAAUGCAAUCCUGCAAUAGGCAACUGCUGCGUGCGCCAAGAUGAAAAUAUUUCUGUCGCGAAAUAUCGCCGUAACUGCCGUGGGAUAAUCUCGAAUGAUGAUAAUUAACUUUAGAAACGAUCGUUGUAAUUGUAUGAUCGAUUACGUUGUAUGAAAUAUAGUCGUCUGCGGCGAAUGUGAAAAACAGAAAUAACUUUGUACCAUUACUGCGUGUCGAUUGCUGUAAGAUUAUUAAUAAUGAUGACAACAAUAACGCUACUAUUACACAUUACGAAUAAUAAUUUCUUGUGAUUUUAAAUCUCUGUAUAAAACGUAUAAGAAAAAAAAAUAAUUCAAAAUAUUGUAGCUAAUAGAUCUGUAUGGUAGGGAUGAAAAUGAUCCGAUAGAAUGAAAGAAAGAGAAAGAAAGUAUGUGUGUGUAUGUGUGUGUGUGUGUCUGUAUUUCUAAAAAUUAUCAUUUGCAAAGAGUAUUUUUAAAGUAUUUCCAAUUAUUUUUUAGUAUUAUAUAUCAAAAUUUUUCCACCCGAUGCGUGAGACGGUGGAGAAAUGCGCGCGUACAUAUGGAAUUACCACUUACGAGAUGUAAAUUUUAGCGUUCAAAUACGAUGUUCCAAUCUGUUGAUUAAAUACCGUGAAACAUUGA